AUGGCGAACGACAACACCUAUGCGAGUUUGCUUCCAAACAACACCAGUGACUUUAUUUCCACGUCACCAUCAUCAGUCGUAACAAAUAUUCCAAACAUUCAAACUUCAUUUUCACAUAAAACCGGAUCAAAAACAUCUGAGAUUAAAGAAAUGACAUUGCCUCGUUUGUUUACAGACCGAAUGCAUAAUGUAACUCCCCCCACCGUCACUACUGACACCACUGACACUACUCUGUCACUCACUGGUUCUAUGAAUGACGACACCGCCCAAACACACACUGUGACUACCCCCACCCAAACACACACUGUGACUACCCCUACCCAAACACACGCUGUGACUACCCCCACUCAAACACACACUGUGACUACCCCCACCCAAACACACACUGUGACUACCCCCACUGACACCACCCAAACACACACUGUGUCUACCCCCACUGACACCACCCAAACACAAACUGUGUCUACCCCCACUGACACCACCCAAACACACACUGUGUCUACCCCCACUGACACCACCCAAACACACACUGUGUCUACCCCCACUGACACCACCCAAACACACACUGUGACUAUCCCCACCCAAACACACACUGUUAGUGAUAAUUUCCACACUGAUACCAUCCAGGCUACCAGUUUCUACUCCACAGACAUGACCACGCCUCAAAACACCUUAAGUCCAAUUACAGUAUCGGAUGCUUUCGGCGUUGGCAUUGCGGCCCUAUGCCUAUGCCUCUUGUUUGCCAUCAUUUGGAUAACGCGGUUAGUCAUGAAACGCCUAGGAUUCCAAUGCAGGCCUCCUGUGGGAAGGCAGCCAGCUCGCCCCACGGGCAGACAACUCCGUAGGAGAUGUGAUCCCGAUCCAGAGGCCGCAGACAUUGAAGACAUCGAAGAGGAAAGACGCUAUGAGUUACGCCCCAGGGAUAAGUAA